AUGCGAUCACGUUUAACCUUUAUUCUUCGUCAAAAAUUAAAACCUCAAAUUAUUACAGCUAGUUUAACAAGUGGAUUAAUUGCAGGUUAUUUAUUUUCAAAAUAUAAACCAAUUAUUCAUGCAGAAACAAAUACAUCUGUUAAAGUUGGAGAACGAAUUCCAACGUUACCAACUUAUAGUAUGUCUGAAGUUGCAAAACAUACAACACAAGAGAAAGGUUAUUGGAUUGCUUAUAAAGAUGGUGUAUAUGAUAUAAGUUCAUAUAUUGAUAAUCAUCCUGGUGGUAAACUAGUUCUCAAAUCUGCUGGUAAAGCUUUAGAAAGUUGUUGGAAAAUUUUUACAAUGCAUGACAUGGAUCAUGUUUAUGAAAUUUUAGAAGAAUAUCGAAUAGGCAAUUUACCGUCAGGUGAAAGAGAAGUUAAUGAAAAAGAUUUAGAAAAAAUUAUCGAUUUAUUUCAAUAUGAUCCUGAACGAUUAGAUGGAAAAGAAAAUUUUGUCAUUCGUUCUAGUAGACCUUUUAAUGCUGAAACAAAACCUAGUAUUCUUGUUUCAUCAUUUAUAACACCAAUUGAAAAAUUCUAUGUACGAAAUCAUAUGCAUGUACCAUUUGUUAAUAUCAAUGAAUAUAAAUUAGAAAUUAGUAAUGAAAAAUCAACUUAUACACUUUCAUAUGAUGAUUUAACAGAUAAAUAUCAAUCAUAUACAAUAAUUUCAGCAUUACAAUGUGCUGGUAAUCGUCGUUAUGCAAUAAAUAAUGAACAACAAGGAUUAGCAAGAGGUGCACCAUGGUAUGUUGGAGCUGUAGGAAAUGCUCGUUGGACAGGUGUUAAAUUACGUGAUGUUUUGGAAUCAUUUGGUCUUGAUAAAGAAGGAAAAUAUGUUCAAUUUUUUGGUCUCGAUUGUGAAACACCAAAAAGAUGUUAUGGUGCAUCAAUUCCAAUCGAAAAAGCAUUGAGUGAUGAUGUUUUAAUUGUAUAUGAAAUGAAUGAUGAAACAUUAACAAGAGAUCAUGGUUAUCCAUUACGUAUACUUGUACCAGGUACAAUUGGAGCACGUAGUGUUAAAUGGCUAAAUCGAAUUAUUGUUUCGGAUAAAGAAGCCGAUAGUCAUUGGCAAAAAUUCGAUUAUAAAUUUUUACCAUCAUCUAUAAAACAACCACAAAAAGUUGAUUAUGAUAAUACGUCUGCUUUACAAGAAAUAAAUGUUAAUUCAGCUAUUUGUUAUCCAGCAUCGAAUGAUGAUGGAAAUAAAGUUAAAAUUUUAUCAGUUCAACCAAAUGAUGAAGAUAUUAAAAAUAAAAAACUUACAAUUAAAGGUUAUGCUUUAAGUGGAGGUGGAAGACAAAUACAAAAUGUACAAAUUAGUCUUGAUCAUGGAAAAACAUGGCGUCAAGCUCAACUUGAACAACUUGCACAACCCUAUAUGCGUGCAUGGGCAUGGACUCUAUGGACUUAUCAUAUACCUUUUAAUGAUUUACCUUCUAAACCAUUUGAUAUUGUUUGUCGUGCCAUGGAUACACAUUGCAAUAGUCAACCGGAUACUCCAUUAGGUAUAUGGAAUAUUUUAGGUCUUAUGAAUAAUGCUUGGCAUAAAAUAACUUUACAAAUAGAUGACAAGUUUUUAAAAAAAGAUUAA